AUGCUCAUUGGAUAUGCACGGGCCACCCGCAUCACGCCGCGCGAUCUGUGCCAUCUGUUCGAUAUCCGCAACCCCAUCAUAAUCGCGCGGAUGGAGCGGGCGAGCCCGUCGUUCAACCUCAACAUGGUGCCUCAGCCCGUACCCUCCCCGGGAGCAACUCCCACGCCCGAGACCCCUCGUCCGCGCGGCCGUGUGCUGCCCGGCUGGAUGACCCGUCCGUCUCGCCGUCAGGAGCUGUUUGACGCCGGUGUGGGCGCCGUGAUGGACGGGUAUGUGGACGCGGCUGAGUGGAUGCGUCUGGGCCAGGUGGAGGAUGUUGAUUGGAAGGUGUUUGUGUUUUGA